GGAUUUCAACAAUCAUUGCCAGUAAUUAUAAGACCGUAUUCGGAAAGAAAUCGCGUUGAAGCAAGCAUGUCAAGCAAUUCUAGAAAUGUUCCCGUGCAAUUAAUUCGUAAGACUUCGCUUGAAGAUUUCAAUGAUCAAAUGAUUGGAAUGCUUGAUGAAGUCGAGAAGCGUGUUGAACAAUUCAGAGAAUCAGCAAGUCAUUUGGAGCAGGAGAAGGAAUCCUUAUUGGACGUUCUAGGCAAUAUUAAUCUCAAUAGUGAUGUCUUUCGUUUGGGUCAAGGUGAUCGAGAUGAUAUAAAUGCAACAGCAAAUCGUUUAUUGAAUCGUUGUCGUGCUGUCGAAGUUGUUGUUAAUACUCCAAGGAAUGCCGAGCAAACGGCUGCAUUAAACAAUGUUAAUUCAUUAAUUGAAAGUGCUUUGAUGAGACGCUAUUUGAAUGCUUGUGCACCAGAUCAACCCGAUGGUCCAAUUGAUCAACGGUUUCAAGCGCAAGUAAUCGAAUGUACCGCUGAUGAUCAAAAAAAGAUUCGCCGAAGGCUCGCGAAUCUAAUAAAUCAAAUUGAACGAGCUCAGCGUGUUUGCGUACCAUCGUUUUGA